AUCGGGCCAUCCACGUGUCAGACGGGGCCCUAGGUUCGCGUUUGUCAGUGUUCGUCGCGGAUCAUCGGUGAGAGAGGCGAGCUUGGAAUGCGAUUGCGGGCGGGAGGCCGAGCUCCUCCUCCCAUCCUCCUCCUCCAGCCGCCGCCGCCGCCGCCGCCGCCGCCCCCGCCGCUGUCUCCAUCGAUCGAUCGCCGGCUUCGCACAGUUCGAGGUAGGUCAUUGGCGAUUUAGCUCAGAUUUCGAGAGGAUCCCAUGAUUCGAUGACUGCCAAGAAUCAAGAACGUUGAAGAUCGGUGGUAUCCAAGAAAUUAGAAAAGAAUGGCGCCUAUGAUCGCGCCAUCGCUGCUCAACACCGGUGUGGAGGGAUUGCUACAUCCAUUUAAUGUGGCUCAUUCCCGGACACAACUAUUCUCGGGAUUUGAAUGUGCUGGGAUAAAGAAGUAUGGGAUCGAUCUUCUCGUCAAUGGCAAGUAUUUCAGUCGAUUUGGAAGGCAAAAUGGGCACUUCCAGAGGUUGACGGCGGCCUCAAAGAGGCUGGACGAGACGACAGGGAAUUCAGUGGAAAAACCAGAGCUUGACGAGCUUAUAGCGGCGAUUGUGUAUCAAGCAGAGAUUGAGGGUAGCUUGAGUAACGCGUUCCAGAGGAUAUCGACGGAGGACUGGAGCAAAGUUCUUAGCAACGUAGGAAAAAAGCAUUGGGAGCUAGCAUUGGCCGUGUUUGGAGUUUUCAAGGAGACGAGCUCCAUCUUUCUGAAGCCCAACACCGGCGUCCAGAAAAACGAGGAAGACAGGGAAGUAGUACAGAUUCUAAAGGUGUACACGACGAUGGUAGCGGUGCUUGCCAGGCACGGGAGGCUUGAAGAAGCCGAGGCCAUUCUUACGGAGGUCCAGCAGCUAGGCUUUGGCCUCGAUCUUUUUCUUUACAAUGCGCUGUUGGGUGGCUAUGCCAAGCAGGGCAUGGCCGAGCGCAUGCUGGACUGCAUGCUCGAGAUGCAAAAGUUCGGCAUUCAACCCGACCAUGUUAGCUACGAACAGCUGGUUGCAGCGUAUUUGAAUUCGAAAACUCCCGAGCUCAAGCUGGCGCUGGAGGUUUUGGAUCAUAUGCACAGCCACGAGCUGAAGGCGAGCCAAAAAACGUACUCGGAACUCAUUGCUGCCUGCUGGAAGAAAAGUGAAGUAGAAAAUGCGGACAAGUGUUUCUCCGCUAUGAUCGCUGCUGGCCAUUCUGCUGAUUCCAAGGUGCUUGUAAAGUUGAUGCAGCUCCACGCGCAAAAAGGAAACCACACUCGGACCCAGCAGCUGUUUCAAAUGCUAAAACAGGCAGGACUGAAAGCCAACUCGACGUGCUAUGAACAGUUGCUCCUUGCUUAUUGCAAAGCUGGCUGCUUGGAUCAGGCUUUCACCAUCUUCCGUGAAUCCAAACAGAUUGCAAAACCUUCUCUAAUUGUCUAUAACAUUUUACUGGACGCAUGUGCCAAGGCUGGGCUUCACCUCCAAGCCAUGCAAUUGUACAACGAGGUGUGUGGCUCGGGGCUGAAAGCCAAUGCUAUAACUUAUACGUCGGCCAUCACAGCACUUGUGAGGAGCGGGAGGUGUGCUAAAGCAGAAGAGCUCUACAAGAGGAUGCUGCGACUGAAAAUCUCUCCAACAGCACAUACAUACACGUCAAUGAUUCACGCAUACGCAAUGAAGGGCUGGACAAGAUCGGGACAUGAGGUUUGUGUUACAAUGAGGAGCAACUGUCAAAUCACUGCGGUGGCAUACAAUGCAAUGCUGCACCUAUAUAUUCGUGGGGAGUGGUACACGGAAGCCGCCAAUAUUCUGAGUGAAAUGGACAGCGAAGACAUCGAGCCAGGUGUUCCAGGAUACGGAGUACUGAUAGCGGCAUGCGGUGAUUCCUCGCCGGAGAUCAUGCCACUGGUGAGAACGCUGGAGACUAGCCGGUGGGAGACGUGCAGGAUAGUCUACCAGCUUAUGUUCCUGCCUUUGUACGAGAGCUGCGAGUCGCUGCUGGAAGGUAGCAUAGCGGACUUGCCGAAGGACGUCAUGGCCUUCCUUCAGAAGUUGGCUCAAACCAAAGACGCAGAGGCCAACCUUUCGUUUUACAACUCGCUCAUGGACGGGCUGUGGAGGAAAGGAUUGAAACGCCGGGCAAAGUCAGUGAUGGUAGCAGCCAGGAGCUUACUCCCGUGGUACAAGAGGCCAAAGCUCACCAAGAUGAAGCUUCUGCUGGAUCUCGGAGGAUUGUCACUGGGAGCAGCACAGGUCGCAGUGCUGGACUGGUUGAGUGGAGUGGCACAGCUCCACGAGGAAAAGAGCGAGCAGCAGAUGGUUCUUGUGACGGGCAGUGAUUCCAGCGACAAACUCGUGGUCAAAGCUCGCAAAGGGAUAAAAAAGGCUGUCGGGGCCACUCUAGCGGAGCUGGGAUCACCGUUUGCCGAGGAUCCCCAGGGAAGUGGGAGGCUUGUAGCAUCGGUUUACGAUGUUGUGCAGUGGCAGGCUGUGUAUGGAAUCUCGUCGGCCUUGAUGCUGCUCGACAACACCCAACCUUACAUAACCCAGUGACGAACAAAGUCCCAAGUUCUUACAAACACUGUGAUUGUUUCAAGCAUAAACUAUUCAAGGUUUAAUAAUCUCAAAUGUGACCCAAGCUGAAAUGAAAGUUCGCCUCAUGGAAUUCUGAAACAUUCAAAAUUUCAUAUUGGUUUUGGCUUUCUUAAUAUUA